GAUGUCAGCAACCUAAACUCUUUACAAUGUUUAGUGUUCCUUUAGUGAACAUAGGGCACAAAUAACUAAUUAUUGUGCUUGUAUUGACUGCUUAAGGCCUCUAUGUCCAGAGUGCAUCUAAGAACAUUACUAAUAUCAUACUUAGUCCAAGACACCUGCUGCCAUUUAAAGUAUUCUUAAUACAAGAACUAAUUGUGAAAAAAAAAUUGCAAAAGCAAUUGAAUAAUUGAAAAAAGUAUAUAAUAUAGAUAUAAUCUAAGGAAUAUGAGUAAUAUGACAUUCAAUACUUUUUUAAUCCUGAUGAAAUCUUAAAUUAAGAAAUAUCUAGGAUGAAUGAGGUAAAGUCAUAGAUGAUUGAAAUUAUAACAAUCUUUUUUAAAUAGUUAGAAAACGUUCUCGAAACAAAAGUUAAGGAAAAUUAAUUAAAAGUAAAAUUAUCUAUUUAAUAUUCAGGUUAAAAAUAUUGGAGGUAUUUUCUAAAGAAUUUAAACAGUAAUUGACUAAUUAGAAAUAUUAAGAAAUAGUUUAUUGAAUAGUUCAGAUCCUUUCUAACAUUUUCAUAAAGCUUGUAGAUUGGAUGUUAAAUCAUUGCUUGAUCGUUAUAAAUCUGAUUUGAAGAAAUCAAUUAAAUCUAAAGAAUUAGGUACAUUAUUUAUUUAAAUUAUUAGAUCCAAUAAAUGUUCAUAUUGAUGAACAUAAACUAUUUAAUCUAAAAAAUCAAUUAAGUAAAAUUGUAGUAAUUUAAACAACUGAUCAUGAUGAAAUAGGAGAUAAUAUUUCAGUUUUAUCUAAAAAUAAAGAUUAGAGCAUUAAUUAUAGUGUAUAAGGACUAUAUGUAUAAUAUGCAACUAAUAAUUAGAAUGGACCUCAUCAUUUUUAAUAAAAGCCAAGCAAACAAUAAAUGAGUAAUAUUGGAGAUAAUGAUGAACCUUUAUAUGGAACUAUGACAAAUUAAGACUUUUAGAUUACUAGACCUAAUUAUUUUUAAGGUUAACAUAAAUUCUUGCAUUUUAUUAUCAAUAAAACUAAUAUUCUAAAAAUCUGCAAUUUAGAAACUAAAUAAUGGAUGACUUUUGAAAUUGAUUAUCAAGUUCCAGAGUUUCAUAAAUCUUUUGUAGCUCCAAAUGGUGAUAUUUACAUUUCUGGUGGAUUAAUUGAUUAAAAAGAUAAUAGGAAAGAAUCUAUUAUAAGAAGAUAUACAUUAGAUGGUAAGAUGUAAUAAAUUGGAUAAUUGACUUAUCCUAGAUCAUCUCAUUCAAUGGUCUAUUGUAAUUAAGCUAUAUACAUAUUAUGUGGAUAUUAAGAACAUAGAAAAAUGUCUUUAAGUUUGGAGAAAUACAAUUUAAAUACAUAAAAGAUGGAAUUAUGUGCUCCUUUUAAUAAACCAGCAAAUUCACCAGCUUGUUGUGCUUUCAAUGACAGAUAUAUUUAUAAAUUUGGUGGAAAUGAUGAAAAUGGAUAAAUCUUAUUAAUUAUAGAGAGAUAUGAUACAUAGACAAAUAAAUGGGAGUAUAUUGAUCCUGAAAUCGAUUAAUAAGAGUCUCAUAAAUUUCAUACCAUUUACCAAUGUUCAGCCUGUGUUCAAAUUAAUAAAAAUAAUAUCUAUGUCUUUGGUGGUUAUGAUAAUGAUGAUAAAGGAGUCUCAUUCUCAUUCCUUUUAAAUAUAGAAGAUAAUAAACAUAAAAUUUAUUAAGUUGAUACUAAACCCUUAUUGUAUCCUGAAGGAUUUUGGAAUAACUAAGUAAAUUAUUAUACUAUAUUUUUAGGUUAUUAUUAAUGAUCAUAAACUAUAUGUUUUAUAGAACAUAGAGGUAGAUUGUAAUUAAAUUGAUGAAAUUAAUAGAGCCUUAUUAUGUUUUGAUGGAUAGAGAUGGAGUGAAUUAUAAUAUUGA